GAAAAAAAAAUGUAGUAUAAAUGUCAAAACACUUUCUGGCUUCGUGCGCAACUGUGUUGAAUCGCCUUGAAUCGAACGGGGCCUGAGAACAGCACCAUCGGUGUACAAGCAUGGUGCACGUAAACUUCUAUCGCAACUAUGGGAAAACUUUUAAGAAACCUCGUCGCCCCUAUGAAAAGGAGCGAUUGGAUGCUGAGCUUAAGCUUGUUGGAGAAUACGGGCUCCGCUGCAAAAGGGAGCUCUGGAGAGUUCAAUAUGUUCUGAGCCGCAUUCGUAAUGCAGCUAGAAUGCUUCUGACUCUUGAUGAGAAGAACCCGCGCCGGAUUUUCGAGGGCGAAGCCCUUCUGAGGAGGAUGAACAGAUAUGGACUGUUGGAUGAGAGCCAGAACAAGCUCGAUUAUGUGUUGGCCCUUACCGUGGAGAACUUCCUAGAACGCCGCCUCCAAACACUGGUGUUCAAGUCGGGUAUGGCGAAGUCGAUCCACCAUGCCAGAGUGCUCAUUAGGCAGAGGCAUAUAAGGGUUGGGAGGCAGGUGGUCAAUAUCCCAUCCUUCAUGGUGAGAAUGGACUCACAGAAGCACAUUGACUUCUCCCUCACAAGUCCUCUUGGAGGUGGACGACCUGGGAGAGUGAAGCGAAGGAACCAAAAGGCAGCUGCGAAGAAGGCUUCUGGUGGAGAUGGAGAUGAAGAAGAUGAAGAAUGAGGCUCUGUAUUCAAUGCAAGUCCUUGAGGUUUCGUCUUUGAUAAUUUGUUUGAGAAACUUGCAUGUUCUUUUCUGUAGUCGGUGGUUUGUUUGAGAACUUUCAAUCAUAGUAAAGUUUUGCAUUCUUUACUGUAAUGCUUUGCUUGAACUGCCAUUAAGAAAUUUUUUGUUACUUCUA